UUGGAACGAGUGAAAAAAAUAUCACAAUAACAAAGCGACGUACAUACACGUACGUUAGGAGCAAAAUCACAUACUUACUAGCGGGAUUGGAAAUUCUCAUAGCGUGUAAAGUGCUUGAGAGACAAAUUAAGGCAACAAUAUGGCGCUUUUUGGCAUGGUAUCAGCCGUUUCAGGCUUUAUAAAAAUUCGUAAUCUCUUGGAUCGUGCUAUCAUCGAUAAUAUGGUUUUUCGUUGCCAUUAUAGAAUUACAACAGCGAUGUUGUUUGUUUGCUGUAUCAUCGUGACGGGGAAUAAUUUAAUUGGUGAUCCCAUCGCCUGCAUCAAUGAUGGCUCCAUACCAAUGCAUGUUAUCAACACCUUCUGUUGGAUUACAUACACAUUCACCAUACCUGGUCAACAGCAUCGACAGAUCGGUACCGACGUGGCAGCGCAUGGUUUGGGCAAUGAGUUUGGACAGGAGAAACGUUACCACAGCUAUUAUCAAUGGGUGCCAUUCGUAUUAUUCCUUCAGGGACUCAUGUUCUACGUUCCACACUGGAUUUGGAAGAAUUUAGAGGAUGGUAAAAUGCGCAAUAUCACUGAAGGUUUGCGCGGCUUCAUCACUAUACCCGAGGAAUAUCGCAAGGAUCGCCAGACGCGUAUCAUUAAAUAUCUGAUGGAUAGUUUGAAUUCGCAUAGCAGUUAUUCAUUCGCUUACUACUUUUGUGAGGCACUGAAUUUUGCUAAUGUUGUGUUGAACAUCUUCUUGGUGGAUAAGUUUUUGGGUGGCACUUUCUUGUCUUACGGCACGGAUGUUAUAAAAUUCUCGAAUAUGGAUCAGGAGAGUCGUUUUGAUCCGAUGAUUGAAAUAUUUCCACGUUUAACCAAGUGUACAUUCCGCAAAUUCGGCCCAGGCGGUUCACCACAGACCCAUGAUACUCUCUGUGUAUUAGCGUUGAAUAUUUUGAAUGAAAAGAUUUACAUUUUCUUAUGGUUUUGGUUCAUCAUUUUGUCGGUGUUAUCUGGCUUAGCUUUGAUUUACUCACUGGUCGUUAUAAUGAUGCCAACUACACGCGAAACUAUUAUCAAACGUUCAUACCGCUCGGGUCAAAGCAAGGAAAUUCAGAGCUUAAUUCGUCGUUUGGAUAUUGGAGACUUCCUCAUUUUACACCUUUUGGGACAAAAUGUUAAUACCAAGUACUACUGUGAAAUGGUGCAAGAGCUGUGCAACAUACUCGGCAGUUCGCGCACACCAUCAGCACCAUCCACUUUGGAAAUGCAUCCGAUGUAUCCACAAACAGACCGAUUUGGCAAGGAGACGGAGACAUAAAUAUGUACAUUAAAAGCCUUAAGAAGAGUUCAAGAUAAAGCUUAGCAAUCGAAUUGAAAAUAGAGGCAAGAGCUGAAGAGACAGUGAAGUAAAAACUAUAAAACAGUUUAAACGCCAUUAAAAACUAUUAAACAGUAAAGCAGCGAAGAAAUGCAAACAGCAAGCAACAUUGUGUAACAAUCUAUUUAAUCCUGUCAAACUGACAGAUCUCAUUACAUCGCUCCAUCGAAUUUCAAUCGACAUUCCCUCAAUCCACUCAAAAACAACAGGCUCGCCCGCACCAAUCUCAGUGUAUACUUACAACUAAGACUGUUUAUCCUGAUUGUACGUAUAAUCAAAUAACAGCAAGUCUAGCAACAAAAAAAAAACGCUUGCAUUCCAACAAAAAUUGCCAGCGCAACAGUGCAAUUGUUACUCUUUGUAAUCCAUUUUGUAUCCUAUUCAAACAUCGAAAAUAAUCUAUCUAAAGCAUGAAGAAUAUAGGAUUUAUUUAAUGAAAUAUGGAUGUUCAAUUAGAAAGCAUAAAUCAUAAUUGCCCUCUGCAGUAGAUAUAACUGUGUGUACCACAAUUAGCUUCCAUUUUUUCAUACUUUUACUUAAAAAAAAAAAAACAAAAAACAUACAUACAUAUGUAUGAUGUGCAUUUCUUAUAUGAUUUGUUAGUUCAUAAAUUUAAUAUUUGUAACUUGUGUGUAAGACUUUAGAACUUACUUACUUAAUUGAUCCUUAACUAUAUACGAAUAUAUUGAGAAGCGGAAAAUUUUAUAAGAAACAACUCAAAUAGAUAUGUACAUUCGAUAAAAUGUGUUUAGAUAGUCUAAACUGUAGAAAUUCAUGAACGAAAAAAAGUGAACAUUGUGAUCAUUGAUAGGCAGACUUCUUUAAAUAAAUUUUUCUAUUUUAUGAAGCGAUAA